AUGUUAUUUCAUACACACAAUCCUUAUGUUUCUUUGUAUCAUCAUGUCUAUCAAAUCCUGGCAGAAAAGAACUUUGGAGAGAAUAACAAGAUUUCAGCUUGCAUCACAAUCUUGCCUAAUGCCAAUCAUUGUUGCUAUAAUGAGCCUACUGUUGAUGAGGUUGCUGCUAUUAUACCUGGAAAUGGAGAUGAGGAAGUGGAUUUGCACAGAGAUAUUGUUGUCCACUAUAACCAUGGAGGUCUAAAGCACUUUAGCCAUCUUCACCCUCACUACAAUCCCCUACAUUAUGUGAUAUUGUUUUCACAUGGCGAACAAGGCUUUCAUCCCAAUAUUCCUGCUCAUCCUGGACCUAAUGGCCAAAUGCUCUCAUCCAAGGUGUCUCAGCACUGUUAUUAUGCAUAUCGUCUUAUGCGCUGUUUGCUUGAACCUGAAACUAUUUUUAGAGCUGGCAAGCUAUUUCAGCAAUAUAUGGUUGAUGCUUGGGGAUCUAUUGAGUCUAGCAACCUUUUCUGGAUCAGAAACCAUCAAAAGGAGAUUAGGGCAGACAAUUACCAGUCACUGUUUGAUGCCAUUCAUGCAGAAGCAGGUAUAAACCUAGGCCAACAAAGAAGGCGCAUAGUUCUUCCCUCCACUUAUGCAGGCAGUCCACAUUAUAUGUAUCAGCUUUUCCAAGACUCUAUGGCUAUCACUCACCAUUGUCAUAAGCCAGACAUCUUCCUUACCAUGACUGCAAAUCCUAAUUGGCCAGAGAUUCAAAAAGAGCUCUUGAAAUAUGAUAGUGGUACAACUCAGAAUCCUUCUGAUUGUCCUGAUUUGGUGGCACGUGUCUUUGCACAAAAGAUGAAGGCUUUGCUCAAGGAGAUCAAAGAGGGCCUGUUUGGAGGGGUUGCUGGCAUGGUAUAUACCAUUGAGUUUCAAAAGCUUGGGCUUCCUCAUAUGCACCUUCUCCUUUUCUUGAAGCAAGAACACAAAAUUCAGAGAGCUAAAGAUGUGGAUCGAAUUGUCUCUGCCCAGCUCCCUGAUCCUGCCACCCAUCCUAUGCUAUAUGAGUCUGUCACCAAAUACAUGCUUCAUGGACGUUGUGUUGUUUUUGGCCGUUCUGGUUGA